AUGUCCACCCUAUUUCCAGGGUUUGUGCCCAUAACGGCCAUGUUUUAUGCGGUGUUCCAUCCUACAGAGGGAACAAAAGUGGUUCAUCAGGUGCCCAGUGGAUCCAUGGUUCCAACAGAUGCGCAGGACUCAUCAAGCGCAGACGAACCGUUGUUUCACUUUGACUCGAUUAAGAAUUUUAUUAUCCCGAAACCUCAACUCUGCGAUAGGCUGAUUUCUUUCAAAGUAGACCAAUUUCGGGUCGUAGGAUUUCCAGUCAACAUUUAUGGGUCUCAUUAUGCAAGAAAUUCCUUCAGCUUCAAUUUCUGUUUUGUCUUCCCUUAUGAUAGAGAUAUUACCCCGUAUAAAGGAAAUAUAAAACGUUUGGGUAAAAUGUUUCGGGCACUAGAAGAGCAAAGUCGAAUCCUCUCCAAGAAAUCAGGCGAGAAUUCUGGUGAAAUCUUCUUCAAAGACAAGGAAAGUUCCGAUUACCUACAACAACAACAUUCUAAUCCCUUAUUUCAAGUCAAUCAAGGCAUAACGGAAGAUACAAAAUAUUUAAGAACAGUGAACCCAAAUGUGGAGCUACAAGACAUUAGGGUAGGAGGUCACAAACUAAGUCUAAACUCUAUCGAAUCAUUGAUUCAGCAGAUUUACCAGGAUCUUAAUAACUAUUCUGAAUGUCUUAUCCCGAUUGAUGCUUCAAACUCUGUUGAUAUAAAACUCUUUCCUGUGUUACCAUCACCGGCUGAUAUCCUUCCUUCUGAUGUUCCCGUACCGACCAUGAAGCUAGAUUCCAUGGUAGACUUGAAUUGGGAUCCUACCAUGAUCAAAAUCUUACCGUUCAUCAACGGUAUAAACCCUGUUUGCCGAAUUUCACAGUUGGCUGAUGCAGACUAUUAUCUGACUAAAACUUGUAUCCAGCACCUACUGUAUUACCAGUGUCUGAAUAUGGUUUCAAUAUUCCAAUUCUCAAACACUUAUGCCCCAACACCAAAUGUUAGAUUAUUCCUGACGCACCCAACCAUGGCUGCGGAAUGUCAAGAGUAUGUCUUAUCUGAAGAUGUGUCAUUCUCAGAGCUUCCCAUGCAUACACCAUCACCAUUACGAAAUGAAGAAGAAGAUUAUUUCCAUCGACCUUCAUCUCAUUCCCAAUCUGCUUCAGCUGCUUCAGAAAAACAAGUUCGUAUUGUCGUCCCAUCUCAAUCUAGCCUUUUCACGCUCUAUUCCUCUCUUCAUCAGGGCCAUACUAUAAAAGAAUGGUAUAUUCAUCAUCAACGGCAUUUGCGCAACAUAGACCUAAGGAGGUUUUUACUUUUUGGGGUGUUGAAAGGUAUCAUAUAUCACGUUAGAGCCAUCCCAGUGUUGCAUACCUCUCACUUAGCCCUAGGCAGUUCUGCCAUUGAUGAAGAUCCAGCGCAGGAAAACCUCGUUGCAGAAGAACCGACAAGUUCUAGCCAACCUGCUUUCAAAGGCCUGAGAAGCUACCAGCUCAACGAGGAUAUCAGCGAAAGUGUACUCACUGUGAAUUCAGGGAAGGUUCGUUUUAGAGGAUCUGCUGGCCAAGCAGACUUGUUUCAAGAAAAGCCCAACUUCAAGAAAAUUUCUCAAAAAUCACGUCAAAAACAACAACUCUUUAGACAUAUGCAAAAAUCCAGAGAUUUUGACUAUAUUUGCACCGAAUUGGCGUCUAGCAGGAGUGAAGUCGAAAGCCUGUUGGAUGAAUACUUUGGCAGUGAGUGGGGGCUUCUGCUCUGCUGA